UUGAACCCUGUAAAGUCCCCAUCGAUACCUGAUACCUGUUAUCUCAAGUCCCUAAUUCAAGAUUCAUUCUACAACUCGCCUGCAGCAACAUCAGUCACCACCACUUUCGAAAAAUGUCCAACAGAAGAAACAAAAACGAUGAUGCUACUCUGGCUUUGAUGAUUGGUGCCGGACUUGUAGGAAUAGCAGGAAUCGCGACUUUGGCAGUUGGAGCUGCAUUGAAUGAUAGAGACGAUUCUGAAGAUGACAGAAGACGCAGAUCAAGUUCGUCAGGUCCGUCAUUUUCGGAAGUGUUGGAUGGAAUUGUAACAGUAGCCGGGGCCGUUGCUACUACUGCAAAUGCACUGAACAAUGUUAUCGGCCAACCUAGUUCGUCUAGACCUAGGAGGGGAAUAUCAAUUAGCGAAAUCAAUGAACCAGAAACAGAAGAAAGCUUAUUACUAUAUGAUGUCGACAAAAUGAACUGAAUACAGAACAUCCCGUCCCAGGACCCAGUAUAUGAGUGCAGAAGGAAAAUAAAAUACAAACACUUGUGCAUCCGAUACGAGUCCACAAACUGACACAAAGUAGAAAGAAAUUCACUAAUACUAAAAACAUAUUUUAUAUUCAUUAUUUUAGAACUCCCAUAUAUUAUGGCAAUUCAAAUUUUCCAGCAUGCGGAAUAUUAGACAGAACCAUUCCAAAUUUGAGGUUAAGUUUUAUAAUUACGAUAUAACAUUUACUUACUGAGAAAUAUGAAGUGUGCAAGUGCAUUAGUUGUGAAAACAAACAUUUGUGUAGUAUGAAAGAAGUGAAACAGAAGAAACUUUUCAAUAAACAAAUGUAAACAAUACUGUCAAACCGGCUAAAAUUAAAGAAAUUGCAAAAGACUCACGUUUGUUGUACUAUCCCUCUUUGAUAUACUAUGUGAAAGCUACUAUCCAAAUGAAAGCUCUCUUGAUUGUAACAAACUUUAACUGUUUUGUCUCCUUUCUUCACUAUUGUAAAGAAAAUGAUAAUAUAUAAACAAAAGUGUUCAAGGCGUAUUUUGUUGACGAUGUAUGUGCGUCAUCGUCCCUAACUGUACUAGUUUGCUCAUGUUGCUUCAGGGCAGAAAUUCCAGUAAACUACUAUUUCCGGCGGACAUGUUUUAGUUAAGUCAUGACCCGAGACGGGGAAAUCCCGACCAUCUUCAAUCCCCGAGGUCGAAACCGAGCACCCAGCGUCGUAGUCACCGAAGAGGGCGUGGCCAAUGGCCCGUUCGGCCACGCCGAUUCCGUCAGUAGUCAGCAGGAGCCGGCAGGGGAGCCUCUCUCUCCCGCACCCCAAACUAGUGGAGUUGUGGGGAGAUUGAAAGCAUGUUGGACGUCGCUUUGCUCAAACUCGGCGAGGAAAAUCUACUUUGGAAUAUGGGUGACAGUAUGCGUGACAGCAUCUUGGGUCGGAGCAACACACUGUAUAAAAUACCUUUAUCUGAGGCAACCCAAGGACCCAGAAUCCGACGCAGAUCCCGUUUUAAUACCUUAUGACACUAGUGGCCUCAAUAUGACAAUAGUACAAACAGUAUACACCGUAUCGUAUCAAGCCCCGUUUUUCACCACUUGGUUCGUCACGAACUGGACGAUGCUGUUCUUUCCGUUAUAUUUUCUCUGCCGUCUGAGCAACAGAAGAUGCGAAUCGAUGUCGGAUAUCCUUUUGGAGAGCAUCAGAGACUUCAGGGACAAAGGAUUCACGCCAGUGAGAUUCAUGACGCGCUGCAGCCUCUUCUGUAUCCUUUGGGUCGGAACGAAUUACAUGUACAUAAUGUCCUUAAGGAUACUUCUGGCGACUGACGUCAUGGCCCUCUUCGCUACCAACGUUUCUUUUGUAUAUCUCCUCUCUUGGGUCAUCUUGCACGAGCAAUUCGUCGGCAUAAGAAUUAUGGCUGUGAUAAUCUGCGACACCGGCGUGGCCCUUCUGGCGUACAUGGACGGCAUCACGGGCAGCCCCACCCUUGGCGGGGUGGUGCUGGCUACUUCGGCGGCGGCCGGUUCCGCCGUCUACAAGGUGCUCUUCAGGAAGAUCGUCGGCGAAGCCACGUACGGCCAGGUGGCGCUCUUCUUCUCCCUGAUCGGCAUGCUCAACGCCGCCUUUCUGUGGCCUCUGUGUCUGGGCUUGUUCCUGAUGGGCGUCGAAACGUUGUAUUGGGAGGUGCUGCCGUGGCCGGUGUUGUUGACGUCGAGCGUCUUGUCUUUAAUUGCCAAUUUACUGGGUAAUUUUAGCGUCGCCUUGACCUACGAUGUAUUCAUAACCUUAGGUCUGAUAACUGCUGUCCCUGUCUCAGCAGCUUUAGACGUUCUACUAUAUGGAGCAACAUUCGAGGGAAUGAAACUUGCUGGAAUGAUACUGAUAGCUGUGGGAUUUUUCCUGGUUAUGUUUCCUGCAAACUGGCCUGACUACAUUACCAGACUGCUCAGAAAAACGAGUCGUAUCUUCAACGGGAAGAAGUAUCAUAAUGUUGAGUCACAGUGCGAGGUGGAGCAGAAGAAACCGCCACGGAUCGAAUUCCCAACGCAGCCAGAUCAUUGAUUACCGGACUGGGUAUAUUAGGUCACACCUACGGUCUCCGUCUGGAAGGGUGCGGUGACCAAGACAGAGUUUAGAUGAGCACCAAUCAAAAUACCUGUUUCAAAGAUCUUCUCUACCUUGAUAGAAUCGAUAAAAUGGAUCCUCAGUUGAUAACACGAUCUUGCUAAUCUUCUGUAGAAGCAAAAUUCUAGAGAAGUUCUCAGUGCAUUUGAAUCAAAUAUUUUUGGGAGAUUGUCUGUGGGUAACAAGUAUUGGAUUAUAAAAUCACCAACAGACCUCUAAGCUUUCCGAAAAAAAAAUUUAUGAUUAUUGUUCAUUGGUUCUACGAGAAAAUGAUUCAUUAUUCAGGAAGUAACACCCAAAUAUUUCCAUUUCAAAGGAUGAUGACGUCUCUACCAUUGUAAUUUAUUCCCUCCUUUCAAACCACAUUUCAAAAUGUAUAUGAUUUUUGUGAAGCAGAAACAAAGUACAUGAGUGAAUAUACGGCGUAACCAUUUAGUUAGUACUACUCAAUGAAAAUUACAAAUAUAAAGUUUUUAUAUUUGGAAUUUUAUAUUUAUCGUAUUAUGAAAUGCUGCUUAAUUUCGGAACUAAUCAUCAAAAUGACCUCAAAGUAAGUUGGCAAUACGAUGCACUUCGGUUUUGCCCGUAUUAUAUAUCAAAUGUUAUUGACGUCACGACCACCAGUUUUAUUCGAUUUUGAAAAAACUAGUGACAACAGAAUUGUAAAAAAUAUGAAACAAGGCACUAUCAUCAUACGUGUAGUUUUCACCCAUCCGGUUAUCCCAAUACCAGUGGAAAGGUCCAUUUUGAUAACUUUUUUAUUGAAGAAGUACUACUUUUUCAGUACAUUGGUCAAAUAUUUGACAAAAUCUCAAUUUGGUGUUCUAGAGUGGUUGAUAAAACGAAUACUAUUUGGCACAUAAAAUUGGCUAGGUUAUUUUUAUUUGAAUUAAAAUAAUACAUCUUGUUGAGAUCAUGCACUUAUUGAAACUAUAACUUGUCCUGAGAUGAACAGAUGAACAAACGAAUAUGGAGUUGUUAAGUUGUUAAAAUAUACCAGACGAUAUUUCAAUACUGACUUUAAAAAUGUAUGAACAAGUGGUUAUUACUUCAAAUUGAUACACUUUUGAAUGAAUAAACGUACUCUAGGGGUUUAGUCGAAUUUUUAGCAGAUAUGGAGUUCUUUAACGUUACCACAAAAAGAAUACUUUCGACAUGAACUGUUGUUAGAAACAAACAAGAUUAUUAAUUUUCAAAUAUAUGUUGUUUCCUAUAUAUGUUUAGCAAUCAUUACCUUGAUAUAUCAUUAGAAGUUUCCCUUUAAAUAAAUUAAAAGUGUUACAAUGAA